CAAUUAAAAUGAGCAUCGCCUCUCCGCGGCGACUUCGCCUUUUCUCCGUGCAGAGAGGAAAUGUCUCCGUCCACCUCCACGAGAGGAGGAGGAGGAGGAGGACUCCUCUCGCCGGCGGCGGUAGUGAUCGCGGUGGUGGCGGUGCUUCUGUCAGCGGCACAGGCGCGGGAGGAGCCGUGCUACCAGCGGCUGUUCAGCUUCGGGGACUCGCUGACGGACACGGGCAACUUCCCCUUCAUCUUCGGCAACGACUCCCGCGAGCCGGCGCUCAGGCCGCCCUACGGCGAGACCUUCUUCCGCCGCGCCACCGGGCGAUUCUCCGAUGGCCGCCUCGUCGUCGACUUCAUCGCUGAUGCGCUGGGGCUGCCGUUCGUGCGGCCGUACUGGAGCGGGCGGACCGCGGGGGACUUCGCCCGCGGGGCCAACUUCGCGGUGGGCGGUGCCACGGCGCUCAGACCGGACUUCUUCCGAGCGAGAGGGGUGCCCAUGGCCGACAUCGUGCACCUCGACAUGGAGAUGAAGUGGUUCCGCGAUCUGCUUGGCCUGCUCUGUCCCGGCGACCUGUCCGGUUGCACGGGCAUGAUCAAUCAAUCUCUUUUCUUGGUUGGAGAAAUUGGGGGCAAUGAUUACAACCUACCUCUUCUCAGAGGUGUUUCCAUUACAAAGAUUCGCAGCUUCACUCCGAGCGUCAUUGCCAAAAUUUCUUCCACAAUCACCGAAUUGAUUGGGCUUGGAGCCAAGACGCUGCUUGUUCCUGGUAACCUCCCAAUUGGAUGUGUUCCAAACUAUCUCAUGAUAUUCAAGAGUGAUAAGAAGGAAGAUUAUGAGCCAGAAACAGGUUGCCUCAGGUGGAUGAAUGAGUUCUCACAGUACCACAACAAACUUCUUACAGAUGAGUUGGAAAAGUUACGCAAGCUUCAUCCUGAUGUAGCCAUCAUCUAUGCUGAUUACUAUGGAGCUGCUAUGGAAAUUUACCUUUCCCCUGAACAAUUUGGAAUUGAGGAUCCUUUGGCAGCUUGCUGUGGUGGAGGAGGACAGUAUGGUGUAUCUGGAACUGCAAGAUGUGGAUACGGUGAAUACAAGGUAUGCGAUGACCCACAAAAGUAUGGGUCAUGGGAUGGUUUCCAUCCAUCAGAAGCUGCGUACAAGGCCAUUGCAAUUGGCCUUCUACGGGGUUCAUACACACAACCUUCAAUUGCUACCACCACCAAUUCGUGCCCGCAAAUUACUGAGCUCAGUUCUUCUGUUGAAUACAAGAACUGCAGAACUGUUCUACACAUGACGGCUGUUUCCCAAGUGAUUGGUUGGCUCUUGUUUUUCCUUCUCUCUUUUUAGUCACAACUCAUGAGGUCUUAUUCGUUGUUGUUGUGUCUCUUCCUAAUUUUUAAAAUUUCUUAUGUGUAGUAUUGCUAUAAUUUAGUUUUCAUUGUUCUGUUCUGUGUAUAGUGAAAGGAUUAGGGUUAAAAAAGGAGAUAAUCAGAUAACUACAUUCUUUGGUCACCGUGGCUGCACGGCUGAUGCGUGAUGUCGAUUCUUCCUUUCGUUUUUCUCGUAGAUGACAUUUAUUAGUAACGACAUUGUAUAAAAACCAUGCAAUUUCGAGUCAGCUUUAUUCAUCACUCUUA